UCCAGGUUUCUUCACGAUGGCGACCGGCAAAGAGGACAGGGCAAACCAAGAAGGCAAAACCGGUUCUCCGCAGAAAACCGUGUCCUACAAGACCGAGCAGUCCACCAAACCAGGCGGUCUGUGUCGUCUGCGACUGCCGCUCCUUGUGUUGGCGGUGCUGCUGACUGCUGGGGUCGCCCGCGGUCAGACCAUGGCUGAGUUUAAAGCAGAUGACGUGGAGGUGGCAGUGAAGGCUCCUGGUCACAACAUUUGCUACAUCGUCGAUACAGCACCAGUCGUCGGUUUCAGGUUCGUGGUUACCGUGGAUGAGAGCCGCAGCACCCGGCCGGACCUGGGGGAGAAGUUAGCGGCGUUCUGCGGGGACCUGGAGCCGCACUGGGCCAAAGCCGCUCUGCCUGGGGAGGGGGGCGGUUCUGACAACGAUGUCAUCGUGCAGAUUCACAAUAAGACAUGGUCUAGCGGAGAGAAGGAAGAAGAGUAGCUCAUACUAGACGUCGUCUCCCAGUUGCUCGACGUUGUCAUGCCAUCAGCCGACGUCAGACGUGCGAUUUAUGGGCAAUAAAAAUGAUAUAAUAAAAUUAAAGCUUUAGAAUUACACAACAAAUUAUACAAGGCACAAUGUAAGACAUCAAUGAUUGCUAUGUAUCGAACAUACUAAUCUAUCUUACAAAAGACAGUGUAGUAUGGGAUGAGAAUGUGCUUUCAGUUUUACAAUUAAGGUGGAGUUUCUAGGCUUUAGACAUUUCUUUAAAAUAUUGUUCUAUAUGUACAUGGGUUAUCAUACGUCAAUUUGUACUGGGAUUUGCUAUUUGUAUCGUACAUGAUAAACUUGUAAAAUGAAUUAGACAUGCAUGUAUCAGAACUCUCUCAGUUGUUCCUUAAAAUUUUGUUUUGGGGAGACAUGGACAACUUAUAGUAAAAAUAAGUUCUGCUUAUUGAUAUUCUGUUACUUGAACGUUUUGUCUGGAGAGUCGACCACAAUAAACUUUCCCAUUUC